AUGUAUUUGACAGUCCUAGAGGAUUCUAUGGGUUGCGUGUUAGAACAGCACGACGAAUCAGGUAGAAAGGAACAUGCCAUCUACUAUCUUGGCAAGAAGUUCACUAAUUGUGAAUCAAGGUACUCUUUGCUAGAAAAUACUUGUUGCGCCCUCGCUUGGGCUGUCAAACGAUUAAGGCAGUACAUGGUGACACAUACCACUCUAUUGAUCUCCAAAAUGGACCCAAUUAAGUACAUCUUUGAGAAACCUGCUCUAACCGGAAGGGCCGCCCGUUGGCAGAUGGCCUUGACUGAAUACGACAUUCAACUUGUCACCCAAAAGGCCAUCAAUGGAAGUGUUCUGUCUGAUUACUUUGCCCACCAUCCGAUAGAAGACUACCAACCAAUGAAAUUCGACUUCCUGGACGAGGACAUCCUAAUCAUAAGAGAGUGCAAUAUUUCAGGCCCCGAGGAAGGCCCCGAAUCGGGGUCGCGAUGGAUGCUCGCGUUUGAUGGUGCUUCCAAUGCACGAGGCCAUGGAGUAGGUGCCAUCAUUACAUCACCGAUAGGAUUUCAUCUUCCAUUUACCGCAAGAUUAUGCUUCGACUGUACCAAAAAUAUGGUAGAGUACGAGGCAUGUAUCUUCGGUAUAAAAGCGACAAUCGACUUGAGAAUCAAGAUACUUGAGGUUUACGGGGACUUAGCUCUCGUUAUUAGCUAG